AGAAGAAAUCAUGUGUGUGUGUCUAGAAAACAGCGAGCACUAUUUUUAAAACAGCAGCAUAGUGUUAGUGGACCUUGGUUUUCAACGGGGAAAGGUAGACCAGUGACGCAUAUGACGCAUUUGACAUCAUCAUCUUGAUCAUCUUACAUUUAGACAGCAUCGUUAUGUCGCGCGAGCCUUACUCUGAUCUGGCUAAGACAUUUGAAUAAUGCUUAAUAAUGCGUGCUGGAUAUGUGAUACACGCGUUUCCGACAAGACUGUUUUGGUAUUUAGGAACUGAAAUGGGGAUUUACUGCUCAUCGUGUCCUGUGCGUCGGCGAGGAGAUUCUGCAGGGCUGAAAAUCCAUGAUGCAAUCCUAACAGAUUUCAUAUUUUCACGUUUUACAUAGCUUUUUUGUCGUUGUCAUCAUCAUUUCAGAGCAUUGUGACCCGAUGAAUUUUAUUCAGUGAAAGAUGGUUCAUCAUGGUGAUAAAGAAGGCAAGAAUUCUGCGUUUGGACAUCCUGUCUACAUCCAGAUUGUUCUCUCGAUUAUCCUCCUCCUCCUUCCUUUUCUGGUCACCGCCUUUCCUGUAAACACAGUAGUGGAGCAGUUCUGCAAGGAUCCCGGUGUUCCUGAGCAUGGAACCAGAACUCCAAGCAGUGGUGUGUUCUUUGAAAACUCUGUGGCCAGGUUCUCUUGUGUGGAUGGUUAUACUUUAAAGGGGCCAGCCAAGAUUAUCUGCACGCGCUUCCAUAACGGAUCAGUAGGCUGGAAACCAAGCCUUAAACCAGUGUGCCUUUCAGAAGAUUGUCUUCCUCCAUUCAUCGAGGAUGCUGAUGUCACAAAUAAGAUGUACAGGCCUGGUGACAGCCUCAUUAUUAGCUGUCAUGAGGGAUUUCAGAUCCGAUACCCUGACACAGAAACUAUGGAAUCAGUCUGCCAGGCAGAUGGGACAUGGGAUAAUCAGCCAACCUGUCAAGCAGGCUGCCUCCGGCCGCUGAUACCUCCACACAGUUAUAUGAACAUCUCGGAAACAGAGUUCUCUGUGCCUGUUGGGACUGUGGUCCACUACCAGUGUUUUCCUGGUUACAAGUUGGAGGGACCUGAACUUCUGGAAUGCAUGUAUAACCUCAUCUGGUCGAACACACCACCCCGGUGCCUUGAUGUUGAGGCAUGCUCUUUACCCCCGAUGAUAGAACAUGGAGAUUACAUGUGCCACCCACAGCCAUGUGACCGCUACAUUCAUGGGACGGUCGUAGAAUAUUACUGUUAUCCUGGCUACUCUUUAGCGAAUGACUACAAGUACAUCACUUGCCAGUACGGACAAUGGUUUCCACAGAUGCAGUUAUACUGCAUCAAAGAUGAGACAACCUGGCCUGGUUUUCAAGACUCUCUUCUAACCACAUGGAAAGUAGUGGCUUGUACAGCCACUAGUGUGCUGCUAGCUCUGCUCUUAGUGAUCACAGGCAAGGUGUUCCACUUCAAAUGCAAAUCCCAGCAAAGUCCAAGUGAAGAGCAGGAUGAAAGCCGUGAUCCUAACAUCUUGGUUGUAGAUGGUGUUGCUGUGCCACUUCCCUCUUAUGAAGAGGCUGUUAGUGGUACCUUCUGUCAGCCCCCAAACGAUCUGUCCCCUGCUGGUAUGGGGAGCUCACAGCAUUCAGAAGAACAAAACCCACCUUCAUAUCCAGGGCAUACAGGGAGUCAGAAUAGUGUGCCACUGGACACUGGUGAGGCUGAGACCUGUGAUAGCAUCUCGGACACAUCAGAAUGUUUUCAAGGCAUACAGCCAUCUUCCUCCCAUGCUGGUGGACUCAAUAACAUGUCUGAGAAAACCAAUGCCAUCACCUCUAUGGAGGAGACCGCCUCCACAAGCCCCAGCAUCGACAUUGCCGAUGAAAUUCCUCUCGUGGAGGAUGGUGAAGCGGACUGCUGAUUGUUACCUUUAACUGAAAAUGGGACACUUGAGAUUGUUUCACUCCACUGUUGGUUAUUUCAUUGUUCGUUUCUGAUUUUGUUGAACAACAAAAAAUUACUGCUCAUAAGGAAUUAUUGCACAUUUAUAUUUAAUGAAGAGCACACCAGGGAAGGAUAGGCAAUAAAAAACAUAAUAAUAAUAAUCAAAAACUAAAUAAAUCCCCAUUUCCUGCUCAUGAAAGAACUAUGCAUUAGACCAUAGCAUAUUGUUGAUUUAACUUUCCCACAAUAAUGGCAUCUAAAGUAUUAUAAAUUAUUUUUCUUGUGACUUUCACUUGGCAAUCGCGCUGCAUUCUGGCCAGCUUUCAAAUGGACUGUAACAAUGAUGACUAUUUCUUAAAUAAAUAAUAUGUUAACUUU